CUCCCAUUCUCAAAUGAGAGUGCGCGCGGCGCGGCCGUCUCCAAGAGGCGUGCGCGCGCUCGACGGGCUGCGGUCCCAUUGACUAUUCCGUCUCCCUGACAGCGGCAGCAUCAGCAGCGCGAGCUCGGAAAACAGAGCGCCGCGCGGACUCCGCCUUUGCUCCCAUCAUCCCACCCGAGAUCCAGAGCUCCGAGGCGGCUUCAGCAGCAAGCCCAAGACCCCCUCGUCGACUCGCACUUCUCCUCCUGAUCAGAUAUGGACUACCCUUAACUGGACCUGGAGGGGAGAGGCAGGCGGGCGGGCGGGGGGUGGGGGGGAGAGAGACAGGAGAAAAAGCCGUAUAGGAAGAGAAGCACAACCGUGGGUGCCCGCCGCAACGAUGAACGGUUCGCCACGCUCACGACAACCGCAGAUAAGCCAUCGAACUAUGUCCUGAAUAGCGGUUUAGAUAGCUGGGAUUGUGCACCGACCAUACAGGGGUAAAAUAUGUCCGCCUCGGUGGGGCCCCGCGGCGGCCCUCGCCCACCCACAGCGCAGAGCUCCAUGCCCGAUCUACCGGACCUCAGUCACCUCACAGAGGAGGAGAGGAAAAUUAUUAUGGCUGUGAUGAUUCGGCAGAAGGAGGAAGAGGCAAAGGAUGAGGCCAUGCUCAAAGAGGAGAAACCCAUACAAGCAAAAACGGUGAACCUGGUCGGAAACAAGAAACCACCUCAGCAGAACGACAUCAGUUUGCACCAGCAGUUUGCCAACUACAAGGAGCAGGUGAGGCGGAUUGGGCCGGAGCCCCCCCAACAGAGGCAGCAGGGCCAACACAAGGAUGACGCCCCCACCUGUGGCAUCUGCAACAAGACCAAGUUUGCUGAUGGCUGCGGAAACCUGUGCUCCUACUGCCAGACUAAGUUCUGUGCCCGCUGUGGGGGAAGGGUCUCUCUGCGUUCCAAUAAUAAAGAGGACAAAGUGGUAAUGUGGGUAUGUAACAAGUGCCGAAGGCAACAGGAUAUGCUCACUAAAUCAGGAGAGUGGUUUCCCAGCCAUGGGCCCAAGACUGGAGAGCUUGGGUCAGCAGUGAGUGAACCGGCCAUGUGUGGAGGUCCCGUUGGGGAGAAGAAGGCACGCUCUAGGUCUCAGAACCCUCUCGACUCCUCCGUUUCCACUGCCCAUAACACCCAGCCACAUGCCCCGACCGACCCCAGAAAACGCCUUUCUACAGGGUCAGCUGACACGCUGUCAUCGCGCUCACGUAGUGAGCCUCCACAAGAAAGAAAAAAGCCACCAGCAGCCUCUGAUCAGAAUGGCAAGCUAGGGCCAAGAGGUGAGAGGCGGCGAGGCCUAUCCAAAAUUCACUCUGAGGAGCGAGAUACUGGAGAAAAUCGGAGAGAAAGUCGAAAACUGAUGAAGACUCGCUCUCAGGAGCACGACAGUCCUGAGACCAGGAGGACUGAAGCGGAGCAGAAACCACCCAGGGAACAGUGCAGGACUGACUCAAAUGCUUCCCAUCAUCCGGCCAAGCUCCGGCCAGUGGAGCCUGAUGGACGUAUGCAUCCUAAACCGAGGGAGGCAGGGGAGAUGGUGCAGGACAACAGAGGUGCACGUAGAUGGGCAGAUGGGCGGCAGGCCUCGCUGGAGUGCCAGCAGCAGGCCUACGCCCCAGAGAGGACCGUGGGGGGUACAGGUUUGCAGGGUGCACCUGUUGUGCAGGGUCCUCCUCCUAAAACGAACCACACCCCACAGCCGCCUGCUCCUGGGUUCAGGGUGGGCCCUGCCAUGCCUGCAGGCCCACCUGAGCUCAGGGAGCCUCAGGAAUGGGACAGGAAGUUGCAGCCGAGCCACCUGGACCCCGGCUCAGCUGCGCUGUUGCGCAAAUCUAAACGUCAAAAAGCUGAGAGCAUGCUGCGCAAUGAUUCGCUCAGUUCUGACCAAUCGGAAUCUCUACGACCGCCCCCGCCCCGCCCCUACAAGAGCAAAAGGGGGGGAAACAAAAGGCAGAUAUCUGUUAGCAGCUCGGAGGAAGAGGCCGGUUCCACACCGGAAUACACCAGUUGUGAAGAUGUGGAGAUCGAGAGCGUCAGUGAGAGAGGGGACUGGGAGUGCUGUCCACUGGACCCCACUGCGUGGCAUCAUCCGGUUACAUGGCAGCCCUCCAAGGAAGGUGAUCAUUUAAUUGGCCGAAUCACAUUGAGCAAGCGAACAGCCAUGCCAAAAGAGGCUGGGGCUCUGCUAGGGCUAAAGGUGGUUGGGGGGAAGAUUACAGAAACUGGGAGACUUGGGGCCUUCAUCACCAAAGUCAAGAAAGGAAGUUUAGCUGAUGUGGUGGGUCAUCUACGGGCCGGUGACGAGGUGCUUCAGUGGAAUGGUAAAUCAUUACCUGGAUUAACCAAGAAAGAAGUUUACAAUAUCAUCUUGAAUUCCCAAACAGAACCACAAGUUGAGUUAGUAGUAUCAAGGCCAAUAGGUGAUAUACCACGAAUACCAGAAACAUCACACCCUCCAUUAGAAUCUACAGGUUCAAGUUCCUUCGAAUCACAGAAGCUGGAAAGACCCUCUAUAUCUGUCUUGUCCCCAUCCAGCCCGAGUGGUCUUAGAGAUGCCCCUCAGCUACUGCCUGGACAGCUGUCGGUGAAAAUGUGGUACGAUAAGGUCGGGCAUCAGCUGAUAGUGAACGUAUUGCAGGCUAUCGACCUGCCACCCAGAUCAGAUGGACGACCCAGAAACCCCUAUGUCAAAAUGUACUUCCUGCCCGAUAGAAGUGAUAAGAGCAAGAGAAGGACGAAGACAGUAAAGAAAAGUCUGGAGCCCAAGUGGAACCAGACAUUUGUGUACUCUCAUGUCCAUCGCCGGGAUUUCAGAGAACACAUGCUGGAGAUUACUGUGUGGGACCAACCCAGAAUACAAGCAGAGGAGAGUGACUUUCUGGGAGAAAUCCUAAUCGAGCUGGAGACUGCCCUGCUGGAUGACAAGCCUCACUGGUACAAGCUGCAGACACACGAUGUCUCUUCCAUCCCACUGCCGCACCCAUCGCCAUACCUGCCCCGCAGACACGGACACACAGAAACACCCACCAAAAAGCUGCAGCGCUCGCAGCGUAUUACAGAAACUGAUUGUGAUGAUGGUAUUGGUGUAGUCGCCACAGCUACAGAGAACCGAUCAAGAGAAAGAGAACGGGACAGAGACAGAGACCGAGCAACUACAUUAGAGGUUCCACACCAGAUCAGGCCAACUCAGUAUCGCUCACGAUCUGUGUCCCCACACAGAGAGGAGAGCAGGGAACGGUCCCGCCCGGCCAACGUUCCUGCACAGAGGAGUCUGGAUGAGGUCCAGCACAGCCGGCGAUCCCGUUCCCCAACACGCUACCACGAUCGUGCCCGUGUGCAAGAGAGAGAUUACGUAGAUGACAGUAAUUGCAGUGAGGUCAUCUUGAUACACAGAUCAAUGCGGGGUAGAAGCGCAGAGUGUCUGCACACCCAAAGUUUUGGCAGGAGUUCAUCUAAGUACAGUAGCACUCUGCCUCCCAAGAUGCCUUUAUUAGUCAAUGGAAUUCAUAAGGAUAUUUACAGCUUAACACUUCCUGCAUGCCUUAAGUCAAAGUCACGGCUGUCUGUGGUCACUGCCACUCAACGUACAGUCACACGUCGAGUUCUUAGGUGCACAGACAAGAUCACCAUUAGCCAUAUUAGUGAUCUCCAGCCCUCUCUUGACAGGGUUAGAAGUGCUAGUACCAACUGUCUGAGACCAGGUUCUAAUUCCAAUUCACCUGAACGAGACAGGAGCACCCAGUCUCUGCCCCGUACCAGACCCAUGAGCCCCAGGAUCCUAAUUCAGCAUGCCUCCCCAGAAGACGACAGCUGGGUUUUGGAGGCUAUGUUCCCCGCUCAGGAGACAGUUCACCACCUCAGUGCAAAGCCUGACGCACAGAGGCAGUCGAGAACUCUGGACAAGCCUAGCUGUCAGAAACGUGGCAAGAAAAUAUCUGACAGCGAGCGGGUGCAGCCACACUCCAGCUCCAUAUUUUCCUCAUCAACAGCGGCCCCUUCUUCGACACGCAAGAUCAGACAGCUUCCUCAAGUCCCUGCCAAAAGCAGCAGUGUAGAGCAAGCUCUUGCUUCAGAGGAGCGAACGCGGCAAAUGAAAGUACGUACCUUCCAAACACCAGCUCCCUCCAGUACCAGCCACGAUCUGGAGAGGACGCUCAAGAAUAAAAGAGAGCUUUAUAAGGAGCAGCGACAGAGCAGUGAAAAUGUAUCCCAUAAGUCCUCAGACAGUGAUGUCAGUGACGUGUCAGCCAUCUCUCGUGCCAGCAGUGCCUCGCGGAUCAGUAGCACCAGCUACAUGUCCAUUCAAUCAGAACGACCCAGGGGUCAAUUUAGCCGUCAUAUCCAUCCAUCCAGCCGCAGCAUGCUGAAGAGUACGAGCGUUAGUGGGGAAAUCUAUACUCUGGAGCGUACGGAUGGCAGUCAGUCAGACACCGCUCUGGGAACACUGGGAGCAGGAGGGAAAAAGCGCAGAUCCAGCCUUAGCGCACGUGUGGUCGCCAUCGUGGGCAUUCCCUCCCGCCGCAGCAGGAGCACCUCUCAGCUCAGUCAGACAGAAGCAGCCAACAAGAAAGCAAAGGGAUCCAGUAAGAUCCAGCGCAGUCAGGAGACGGGAAUGGCAGUGGAGUAUCCCCGCAAUGUCAUGGCUCGCCAAGCCAGUCGAGAGUCCACUGACGGCAGCAUGAACAGUUACAGCUCUGAGGGCAAUCUGAUCUUCUCAGGGAUGAGGUUAGGGGCCGACAGCCAGUUCAGUGACUUCCUAGAUGGACUUGGCCCUGCUCAGCUGGUGGGCAGACAAACACUUGCCACGCCGGCUAUGGGAGAUGUUCAGAUUGGACUGAUAAACAAGAAAGGGCACCUGGAAGUUGAGGUUAUCAGGGCCCGUGGUCUUAUACCUAAACCAGGUUCCAAAUCGCUGCCGGCUCCCUAUGUCAAGGUCUAUUUGCUGGAAAACGGAGCGUGCAAAUCAAAAAAGAAAACCAAGAUUGCACGGAAAACGCUUGAUCCCUUAUAUCAGCAAUCGCUGCUGUUUGAAGAAAGUCCGCAGGGUAAAGUUCUUCAGGUAAUAGUCUGGGGAGAUUAUGGCCGCAUGGACCACAAAUGUUUCAUGGGAGUCGCCCAGAUUCUUUUAGAGGAGCUGGAUCUUUCUAGCACCGUGAUCGGUUGGUACAGACUGUUUCCCCCUUCAUCAUUGGUCGACCCCACGUUAGCUCCUCUCACUCGUCGUGCUUCCCAGACCUCGCUGGACUCUUCAGGGCCGCCGGGCAUCAGGUCCUAGUGAACGGACAGGAAACGCACGACCCAGUGGACCAAUCAGAACCAGAGCGGCAGAUAAAGAGACAGAUGGACAGAAUCAUGAUCAAAGCUUUGCUGAAGCCUGACAAUCACUUCUUUUACUUUUGAGCUUUGGGUUGUAGAGAUUUCCUUUGAUCCACUCUGCUCCUUUACUGCAUGUUUUGUGGCUGAGGUGACGAUUCGACCCAAACAGAAAAGAGAAGGAAGGGAUAGGCAGACGAAAUGCGAUCCCGCUUCAGCCUACAGUGGCGCCGGUAGCCUAGAUUGCUCCGGUCAGUCAGCGCAUUUAUUUUCUCACAUGUUGACAAGAGUGAGAGGACAGCACUGCCUCUCCUCUAUAUUGCACUUUCAGGAAGCCCCUCUGCUGAAAGACCAGAGGUCAAGGGUUAAAGGUCAAGAUUUAGUCUUCUCUGAGAGUUUCCUCUCUGCAUCACGGAUACUGCAUCCGAGGUCCCGCCGUGUGCCCGUCUGGCACGAACUCAGACUCAGAUUGUGUGACUGUGGCGUGUGUGUGUGUGUGUGUGCGAGAGUGUGCGUUUGUGUCUAAGAAGGCAGGGAGACACCUGAGAACCUUUUAAGUCUGUUUACAGCAGUCGCCACCGACUGCUUUGCCUUUUCACAUUAAUGUUGAUUUGGUAAAUAGGCACACUUUGUAGAAUGUGAAAACAUGCUUCAUGGAAGACACAAAGCCACUUGUAUUCGAUUCACCGGGACUGUAAGAAGCUGCCACUAUCAUUUAACAGAAAACAUUAGCUCACUAACACGUCCGAUUUCCAGGUUUCACGCGAUCACCAAUCAUAUCUUACAGGCAAUUCAAAGCACUUUUAAUUCUAUUCCAUUUGGUAAAGGACCUGUACAUACCGAUAUUAGAAUUUCUACCCGAAUAGAAUUUACAUUAUUUUAAUGCAAGCACAAAUGCUUGAUUUUUGAACAAAAAAAGAGAAAAAGUUCAAGCUUUGGGAGAUUAAAAGUAAUACAAAAAAAGAGGCCAAAAUCGGAAGCUUCCUAUUUUUAGCAGUUUGUCAUCAGUUUAGUUGAUUAUAAAACCAAUCUCACAGAUCCCCCCCUGAGGAUCACAUUUUGAAUGUGACAGUGAGAUGUCCCAACAAGGGGAACAGACGCCAACCAACGAGGGGAACAGCAUGAAUCUGGAACUGUUCCAAGCUGCAUGCACAUUUUGUAAAACAAGACAGAUGAGAAAAAAAAGAGACUACAUUAAGUGUGUGUUAGUUCCACAAACUGUAGGCCAGCUUGUAUGUUGCAUGUACUUGUACAGUUUGCUUGUACUUGAUAUAAACAGAUUAUCAAAUAAAACGAAGCCAUUCAUUCCAUGUGUGGGCAUUUGGCCGGGUUCCGCCAUACACACAGGCCUUAUUUUGGGGCUGAAUGUCUAUAAGAAUUUUUUUAAUAGUUUGAUUUCAUUUCCUUUUUUUUUUUUUAACCCUGGAUUAAUAAAUAAGUGCCGUACUGUAGUAAUGAGUGAAAAUAAGGCCCUAUUUUAUUGAAGAUGUUGGUAUUCACUGUAGUCUGUACUACUGUGGGGCUAAAACUAAGGUAGAUUAUCUGUAUAAAACUAGAGCUAUCUAUAUAUGGAAUAUAAUUAUGAAAAUCACAAUGACUUAGAGAUAUAUCGAUAUUGAAACAGAGUGUAUCAAGUAAACAUCACUUACGUACAUGCAUAUAUUGUAAAUAUGAGUCUGCAAAGAAGUUUACUUAUAUUUGCAAAGUGGCCCCAUUCAAGUUAAUGGAUCAGUGAUCUGUCUCUUGGUUCUGCUGAGCGGAAGAAGGGAUGCCUCCAAAGUUUUAUUUUAGUGAUGGCCAAUCUGAUGAGAGAAAUUUGGACCUCUAUCGAUCUGAUGCGUUAGCAAAAAUGCUCACGAAUCCUCGUUUCAAUGAGAAGUUUACUUUAAAUGCCUGGUUUCGGCAGACUUAUUUACUUUGUCAGUAUUAUUCAAGGAUACUGAUUGUUUACAGUUCGUGUGUUCCACUGAAACAAAAUUGAAAGUAUUCACUGCAACAUUUCUUGUUUGUACAGCAGACGUGGCUCAAAUAAUGUGUAUGUUUUAUAUUCAAGAGUUCAUUUUUAUUAUUUACAAAUAAAAGACUGUGUGGAA